AUGGCUACUAAGAUACUCAGAACGCUCGAGGGACGCGAACGGAUUGUUCCCCUCGAUGCGGAGAGACCUCCUCGUCGAUAUCGCAAGAGGCGAGCGUCAUUCGGAAGUGCUGAAGAGCAGCUUUCCCCGAAUGCGGAGAGAUUCGAAACGGUGCGCACUACAGAUUUCGAAUUAACAGAGCAUGCAGACAAUGGACAACAAGAUUAUCCGUUGAGUACUGAACACGAUGUGGCCACCGAGCCUCAGCAGACAAUCCCGGAAGGGCCCCCAAGUCCGGAAGUCGCUAUUAACAUGCCAGAGAAUAAGUCCUCGUCCGUUGCGGGCUGGAGGCAAUCUGAUGACCCUUUGCCAGGUGAUAAGUCCUCGUCUACACUAGGCUGGAGGCACCCUGAUGAACUAUUACAUACAAGUAACGUAGAACAAAGGCAUGUACCUGUACCGGCGCAUAUCGUUAGACCGAUGCGCACCGUAGAGCAGACACCAGCGAGUGCUUACCUUACUGGGCUCACAGAAGUAGAUAAUAGCGGUACAGAGAGCGUAAACGCUCAGGAAACUGGCAUCGAGGAUUCUGUCAGUAAGAACAAGGGUAUCAGUAAAGGAACAACGCUUUCCUUACAGCAGGAAACGUUCCAGAAGGCCAGAAAGACAUUCAGAAACGUCCCUAGGCCAGAGACACCGAAAGCCAUGAGUAGGCUAGCCAGUCCAUUCAAUCAAGGAAUUGAUAUCGAGGAAUUGAACAAGAGAACUCAUAAGUACGAUGGUAUGCAUCAGGAACAUGAAGGAAACAUCGAUUUGGACACAAUCGAUCCAUCCAAACUAACUGGAGACGAGUUAGCUAAAUGGAUGUAUCAGAAAGUACGUCGUCGACACCCAGAAGCUACUAAGGGAAUGCCCAAACGAUUGGAAGAUGCUCCACCGUUUGAAAGCACACGUCCUUGGAAGAAAGAUCCAGGUAAACCUGUACCUAGCAAUAAGAAAAGUGCAAGAGCGAAUAAAGGAAAAGCUCCAGACAUUCGUAAUUACGGUCAGGUAGAACUAGACAGUUCCAGCGAAGCAGAUUCCGAUGUACAAAGAAUGUAUUUUCAGGAGAUAGAGCACAGACGAAAUGCGGAAUCAGGACAAUGGAAUUUCAGAAAUGAAGGCUACAGUAAGGCUCCCAGAACUCCUCAGGAAUUACCGGUUCGUUUCAAGCAAGAAACGUAUCGCCCCAAGAUAGAAAAUGAAGGCAAGGACACAUACUACGGAUACGACACCCUAGCAGGGCAAGGAGACGCAUUGCAGAAUAAAAUACCUGCAUAUAUGCACCAUCAUACCGAUGUUCAAGGAUCGACGCAUACACCCAGCGCGAAACACGAUAUUAAAAUGAACAGACCGAACCCAGACGUGAUACGUACGGUUCCAGAUGCAUCUGAUGACAGUGAAGACGAAUCAGAAACCGCGAAAGGCAAAGAGAGCGAGGAAAAGAAUUUCCACCGCAGUUCCGUACCCCCUAUCAAGCGCAGCGCGGAUAGGAAUAGCAAAGGCCACAGAAAAAGAACCACACGAGAUACGGCUGAGCCACAAAGCUCGAAUACACCGCAGACAAAUAGAUUCGCAUCAGUGAGACCCUCAGACAACCUCGCAAGAAAGAGUUAUGUGAAUCGUGCGAUACAGAGAGCAGAAAUCGUAAAAAGGCAGGAUCCUGACCCGGAUCCAGGCGAUAGCUCUUCGGAUUCUUCGGAUUCGAGCGGAUACUCAAGUUCUGACGAUGGCAAUGAUAGCGAUGCAUUAUUCGAACCUACAGACAUUGAUUCAAGCGACUCUGAAGGUACUAAGAAGCGUAAAAAGCUUGCCAAGAGGAAAUGGAACAAGGAACUUCUGAAAUUGAAGAUACAGAUGCAGAGCGCAAAACCUAUCGUUCCUACAGUAUAUUCAGGUGAACCUAACCUUCAAAGAUACACCAAAACAAGUGGGAGUACUACCUAA